UUUGGACUUGGUUGAUAAUAGUUUUACGCGCUUGACAUUCAGCAUUAAAAUCCAACAAAAACAUAAAUAAUGAUGGAAAAUGCGGAGGAAAUUUUGCAAUGUUUAGAUGAAUUUACAAAAGUAAAACCAAGAGAUAUACCACGCGAAUUAGAAGAAUAUUUAUGUUUUGUUGCAAAAACUGGUGAUCCUGUUUAUCAGUGGUCGUUAAUAAAAAGUUUAUUUCGUGAAAAACUAAUCAAUGUGAUCACAGAGUUUUAUGAAUCAAGCCUAUCAGUUGAAAUUCCUCCAUGUCCAAAUGUAGAAACGUUCAAUUAUGAUGUGAUGAAAAGUUUUAUAUUAGAAAAACUAGAAUCGUUUGUUGCCGCCCCGUUUACAGUACAAAGAAUAUGUGAAUUACUAACAACACCACGUAAAGAGUACAAUCGAAUCGACAAGUAUAUGCGAGCAUUAGAAAAAAAUAUAUUAGUUGUAAGUACUCGGGAACCGGGUCAACGUCGAUCUACCGAAAAUGGUGAUAGUAUACUAAAUGGAUUAGAAACCGAUUCAACGAACAACACGCUAGGACAUGAUGUCCAUUUGGAGGUUGAUAUGGAUGAAGCACCUAUUUGGUCACCAAAAUCUGAUUUGCAUGGUUCACCAACAUACGAUGCCACAAAACUUGAAGAAUAUAAGAAUGAAACUAACGAAAGCUCAAAAGAAAUGAAAUCUAUACCGGAUAUGGCUUCUUUUGCACCACAUGACUUAGAUUUAAAUCGAACACCAACUAAUUCUGGUAUUGUAGAGUCAGUAAUUGCUUGUAAUUCAAACACCGAUGAUAUAACCCCAACUGAAGGAGAUACAACAAAUAAAAUAUUUGUAGAACAAACACCCAGUGCUCCUGAAGAUGGUAUACCUGAGCAUACAUUCAUUACAAAUAUCAGUAUUAUUCCCGCAGAAACUUUUACUAAUGAGGAAGAAAAGACUGAAGAAAAAAUUGAAGUGGCUAACGAAGAAAUUGAAUCUACAGAGAGUAAUAUUAUGUCUGAAAAUAAUUAUCCGGUUUGCGAGGCUGUUUUAGAUAAAGAAGUUGAUCACGAAGAAGCAGAUGCUACCCCCACGACGAUUGAAGUUUCGCCUUCCAUUGCGGCUGUAUUAACAACUGAUUCAGAGCCAAUAAAUAAAAUCGAAGAAUUGGAAGUAAAUGCAGAAGUUAUUAUUCCUGAAUUACAAGCACAAGAUCCUGCAAUUGAAACACCAAAACCGGAAAUUGAAAAUGCAGCAAAAGUGGAAGAAACAAAUUCAAAAAUUGAAGAAAAAACAAUUGAAAAUGAAGACAUCGAAAAAGAUUCAACAAUUGAUAAAGUAGACGAUAACAGUUUAGAAAAUAAUUUUACUCCAAAUGAAACGUUACAAGAACAAAAUACUGAAGAGAAAUUAGACACGCUUGUUAAGGAAGUAACCGAGCCACCUCUUGAAGAAAUGGAAGGAGUUGAAGAAGAAUCAGCACCACAAGUUUGCAUUGAAACAAAUGUUGAAAAUGAUAUACAAAAAACUGAAGAAACUGCAGAAUUGCCAUCAGAUGUUCCCACCGAAGAAAUAUCUGAACAAAUAACCACCGAGAAGGUUGAUGAAAAUACGGAAGAAAAGCCAAGUUCCCCACCACAUACUGUAGAAGAAACUAGUUUAGAAGAUAAAAACGUUGAUGAUAAAAGUGAAAAUGCUGAGAAUUCUCAAUAAUAAUUUUAAGAAUUAACGAUACUUUUUUUUCGUAAUUAUUAUUUAUGUGUUAGAUAAGUCGUUUUAUACUUCCAUUAACUGAUGUGAAUGGACUUAACUUUGGGUUAGUUUUUACGUCA